AUGCAAGAAGAAGCAGAUGCAGGUCAAUCUACUACACCCAUAUUUAAGUUAGAAAUUCCAGAGGAUGUUGUACAUCACUUUAAGGAAAGAGCAAAAAAGCCAUGCAAAGAAGCUAAGGAAUUUUACGACAAAUAUCUCGUUGCUGAAGAUGGAUAUAGGUAUCGUAUCAUGAAACUCCUUUUCUAUACCUAUAUGAAGUAUAACUACAGUAUUGAUAGAAGUAAAAAACAACAAUUGAAGCUUCUUGAUCCUUACAAUCAGGCAAUUGCAUUGAUCGUCAUCAAGCAUCUUAAUGAAAUCGAAUUUGGAGAUGUUAAAUUCAUCUACAUACAAGAUAUUUUAGAUGUGAAGAUUGUCGAAGGAUGGAUGAAUAUUCUUGACAUUGUUGGCGCUGAUUACAGACUUUUCAGAACAGGUCAAUUGAAGAAAUUCGGAAACAAACUCACAGAUAUCUAUUUCAUUCUCAAUGAUGAAAUUCAUGCAGGCAAAUACCCAGAUACAGGACUGAAAAUCCCAACACCUGAAGAGUACCAUAAGUUCAUGGGUAACAACCAAUUGCUUACAGAACCACCAGAUGGAUACUGCACCUCAUGUCGUAUAUAA